AUGGCUGCUUCACUUCCAUUCUUCCUCAUGGAGCAAAACCAAGGACCCACCAAAAUCAACAUUGAAUCAGGUUCUUCCAAAUCGGAGCCUGCAAGUAACCGUGGCAGAAAGCCCAACAAAGGUCCACCAGCUUGCAAGAAGCAACCCCAAAGAGGUAUGGGUGUAGCUAAGCUAGAGAACCUAAGGUUCCAAGAACGAUUGAAGCAGAUGAAGGAAACCCAACUCGAGUCUUUUAAUGGUCUACUGGUUAAACGGAUUGGGAAUGGUGGGUUUGCUGAGUUGGAAAUGAUAGUCCUGGUUCGGUCAGUUCUUGGUGAAUCCGUUUUUAGAGCUCCAGAUAUGAGUGUUCGUGGUGGGACUACUGCUGCUGUGUUAGGGACCUCGAAAGAGCUCUCUUCAAUGCCAAAGCUGAUGCAGCAUCACGAGCACAGUCCCUCUGAUGUCUGCUUUAAGAAGAAGAGAUUCAAUGAGGAGAAUAUAGGAUAUAAUAACGGAAUGAGAGAAAAGUUUGCAGAGAUAUCAUCAACAAUCAAUGGUUCUGAUUUUCUGGGACUGAAUCCUGAAAAUCACAUCGACCUUAAUGAUCAAAUGGGGGGAUUUAGUACCAGAGCUGCAAGAAGUGCCUUGUACGCCAGUCAUAACGACAGUGAGGGUGUAGAGGUAGUGGCAAUCCACAGGAAGGGAAACCCAACGAGUGGAAGUGUGUUGAUGGAAUAUGAGUUUUUCCCAGGAAAAAAAAGUGGGAAAAGCAGUACGCGUUUCGAGGAAAUGGAAUUUCCUGCAGAAGCUUCAGUUGCAUUAGCGGGAGGUGGUGAAGCUUCCUGUGUUACAACUUCUGAUUACAGUGGUUGCAGUGCAUCUAAUGCUGCUUCUAAUUCUGUUGAUUUGUCCCUCAAGCUUUCAUAUUAGAGACAAAGAGCAAUGUCUGUUUUGGUGCUUUUUGAUAUCCGUGUCACU